AUGGCACCACCACUCGCGAAGAAAGCCAAACUGGCUGGGAAGGAUAGAGUAAUAAGAGCAUGUGAUGUUUGCAGGAAGCGGAAAGUAAAAUGUGAUGGAGAUCAACCAUGUUCUUCAUGCAUGACAGCAAGCACUGUCUGUAUUUACAACGGGGUCGCUUUCCCCCAUGUCAAGUCAUUCUAUCACAGGGAUAACGACUUAUAUAGGGAGUUAAGGCUGCUGUACAAAAGUGCAAAAGCACUAUCAAGAAAUGAGAAGAUUAAGGCGUCUGGUCAGCUUUGUAAAACCUUAACAGAGAUCGAAAACAGUAUAUCAAACUUGCAAUCACAGGUAGAUUUGGAUAUUAACGAUGAAACUAUAGCAGAUUAUGAUGGGGAGGGAUCGUUAGAAAGGCAAUUUAUUGAAACCAGUACCGUACGUUUGAACAGGUUUAGCAAUGUAGACAUGACAAAAAAUAAUGUACCUAACAUUACCCCAUACUUCGGUAUAUAUUCUACAUUGGCGAUAUUUUCUAAAUAUGGUUUCAGUUGGAUGUUUAAAAAGCUCAUGUCAUACUCGAAUAACACUUCUACAAGAGAGACCAUGUAUAUAUAUAUGAAGUUUUUGGAUAUGGCUCAAUUGCAUUAUGAAGAGGAUAUCAAUCAAAAGACUACACCUAUUGAGUGGUGUUUCGAUAAGUACGCUGUUAAUUGUGAUUGUAAAACUUUGGAUGGAUUGUUUGCUAUAUUAAACAUCCAAGUUAACCCCACCAAAAAUGAUGAUAUUCUGACCAAAGAUGUUUAUGAAGAGUUAGCCAGGAGACCCAUAGAAUUUUUUUCAAAACUUAUUGAGUAUGCAUGGGAAACUUGUUAUCUAUAUUAUACUGGAGUCGGACAAUCAUUUCAAAUGUCUUCAAAAAUAUUUGAAUUGGAGGAUAUAAUGACAUGUUUAGCAUUGGAAUUCUCCAGUAAAAUUCUCUAUGCGGACAUGCACCAUGAGAUCAUUAUACCCGCAACACUACGUUGGGUAAGGAUAUGUCACUGGCAUGAAGAACUUUACACAGUAGGAAAAUUCCUUGCGUGUGCAAUAAGGAGGGCAUUGGAUUUGGGCUUGAAUUCAUGGGAAUAUUAUAUAUCACUUCCUGAAGUAGCUGCCGAGAAGAAUAGAUUAAUAUGGUGGGAAUGUUAUUGGUGGGAUAAAUGGUUUUCAUUAUCUGCUGGUAAGUCGCCUCUUAUCGAUGAUGCAAAAAUUACAUGCCUGUUGCCCCGAAGGUUGAUGGAAUCUGGUUUGGAUGAAUCUAUGACAUGCCUGGAAAUGAUGGAAAGGUGUAAUUUCAGACAUAUGAGUGAAUCGGAGAUUAGAAUUUUUGGGUAUAUUAUGCUUGGAAAAUAUAUUGAGUAUAUUAACUCAGAGAUAUUAUUUAAGAAGGAGUAUACUGAUUAUCGGCUUUUUGCAUCUGUUAAGAAACCUAUUGAUGUUACAAUUAAUAAAUUUUAUGAUGAAUAUAGAUCUGCGAUUGAUUUAUUGAAUAAAAUGGAAAAUUUUUUCGUAUCGUUAACGGGAGUUGAUGUAGACACUGACGAAUUAACUGAAUUUAUGACCUAUUUUAUUGAGACAAAAAUGAAAUGUUUAAUAGCCAUGGGAAGUUUGAUAUAUCGAUUGAAAGGUGUUGAGGUUAGUGGCUCAGAACUAUUAGAUAAGUGUUUGAAAAUUUCUCUCACAAAUAUCUACCAAUGCUCCUUAACUGGACUGAGAAGAGUCUCUAACUUUAAUUCAUUUCUAAUUGAAAGGUAUCUUUUGCAUAUUAAUUUAAUGAUACUCAAUCUAAUGCUAAGCAUUAUUGAGUCGCCAGAAAAUGAGCCUGUGGAAAAUAUUCUGCUGAUGUGCAAUGUUGUACAUUUGUUAGGUAAUGCUAAUGCUUUGAAAAAUUGUUCUAACAGCAAGAAUAUGCCCUUAUCCGAACUGAUAUGUAGGCAAAGUCUUUCCCUAUCUUAUAUUUGCUGUAGGGUUUACGUUCAAUUGGCUGUGAAAAGAAACUCAUCUAUUUCUGAAGAAGAAAUUUUACGAGUUCUUCAACGUAGUAAUCCACAUUUUGCUACAAUCUAUAAUCAAUUAAACGACAUCAGUUCAGAUAUUUUUAAGUCACUGUUAGAGUUAAACGUUGCUGGAUCUUAUCAAGCCCAUUUGAUAGAUCAUUUCCGAGAAAUGAUGGGUGAUAAAAUACUACAAAAGAUGAAACAGUUAGAAUCCGAAGUACAGAGUUCGGCUACACCUUCUAGUAUUGAGGCUACAUCCACUGUGUCUUCGACUGUACAUCAAGACCACAUAGACACGAAUUAUAAAAUGAAUGGGGGGCCAGCACAAGAAUUACAAGAUGUCACAUUCGAGGCAUUGCUUAAUUCAGAUUCAUUUGCCUCGGUUUAUACGGACUUUCUUGAAAGUUUGGAUUUAAGGAAGCCUUCUGGUAAUGAUACGAUGCCAAGUUUAAGUCUUGAUCAUCAUGCAGAUAUGAACAACCCGUCUUUAUGA